AUGACUACAGCUCACCGUCCCACUUUUGACCCGGCGCAAGGUAAAGAGGCCCUCCGAGGCCCAGCCUACCACCAGCGACUCCUUCCAGCAUACACCCACCUGAAAGUCCGACAACCCGGCCAAGGAGGCGACGCCGACAAUGAAGUUCGAGACCUGCGCGCCGAGCUCUUGAAGGCUGAGGCCGCCCACUUCGCCAAGAAGAACGGUACCCUCAUCGAUGAGACCGCUGCUACGGAGCAGGCUCCGAAGCGACAGCUUGAAUUCACACCUGCGGAUGCAGAAAACGAGGGCGGCGAAGUCGAAGAUCCCGAAGCAAAGAGACGACGCAUUUUAGAAGAGACACGCGACAUAGAUGCAGAUUCAGAUGGGUCAGAAGAAGAUAGUAGCGAGGAAGAGGAUAGUGACGAUGAUGACGACGAGGCCGCGUUGAUGCGCGAACUCGAGCAAAUCAAGAAAGAACGAGCAGCACAAAAGGAGAAAGAGGUUUGUGGCACCGAUGAAAUGAUGGAGGAUUCGUUAGCAAAUGCUUACUUUGUGCAGGAACAAGAACGCGCGGCCGAGGAAGAGGAACAACGCGAAGUUGAUAUCGCCCGCGGAAACCCACUUCUCAACACACAGGAUUUCAACAUGAAGCGACGAUGGGAUGAUGAUGUUGUUUUCAAGAACCAAGCUCGAGGCACCGAGAACAAAGAUGGGAAGGAGUUUGUCAACGAUCUACUACGCUCUGAUUUCCACAAGCGGUUUAUGGGCAAAUACGUUCGUUAA